GCAACUCGGAAGACGCUGCCUGCUGGAGUUCUUGCCCGGUCGCGCUACCGGCCUCGGCACCUCUACCUCGCUCCAUGGCAGUUCCCGAGACGCGCCCCAACCACACUAUUUAUAUCAACAAUCUCAACGAAAAGAUCAAGAAGGAUGAGCUGAAGAAGUCCCUGUACGCCAUCUUCUCGCAGUUUGGCCAGAUCCUAGAUAUCCUGGUGUCGCGGAGCCUGAAGAUGAGGGGUCAAGCCUUCGUCAUCUUCAAGGAGGUCAGCAGUGCCACCAACGCCCUGCGGUCCAUGCAGGGCUUCCCCUUCUACGACAAGCCCAUGCGGAUCCAGUACGCCAAGACCGACUCGGACAUCAUCGCCAAGAUGAAGGGCACCUUCGUGGAGCGGGACCGCAAGCGGGAGAAGAGGAAGCCCAAGAGCCAGGAGACCCCCUCAGCCAAGAAGGCUGUGCAGGGCGGGGCUGCCGCCCCCGGGGUGGGGGCCGUCCCGGGGCCUGUCCCGGGCAUGCCACCCAUGACACAGGCUCCCCGCAUCAUGCACCACAUGCCCGGCCAGCCACCCUACAUGCCUCCCCCUGGCAUGAUUCCACCGCCCGGCCUGGCCCCUGGCCAGCUCCCUCCAGGAGCCAUUCCUCCACAGCAGCUGAUGCCAGGACAGAUGCCUCCUGCCCAGCCGCUUUCUGAAAACCCGCCGAACCACAUCCUGUUCCUCACCAACCUGCCCGAGGAGACCAGCGAGCUCAUGCUGUCCAUGCUGUUUAACCAGUUCCCCGGCUUCAAGGAGGUCCGCCUGGUGCCCGGGCGGCACGACAUCGCCUUUGUGGAGUUUGACAACGAGGUGCAGGCAGGGGCUGCCCGCGAUGCCCUGCAGGGCUUCAAGAUCACCCAGAACAAUGCCAUGAAGAUCUCCUUCGCCAAGAAGUAGCGCCUUUUCCCUCUUGCCUGCCCCUGUCUCUGCUCCAGGGUGCCCUUCCCCGCCCCGGCUCAAGCCCCUGAAGGUAAGUCCCCGUCGGGGGCCUUCUCUGAGCCACGUGUGAGUGAAUGGUCGCCACACAGCAUUGUACCCAGAGUCUGUCCCAGACAUUGCACCUGGCGCUGGUAGGCUGGAAUUAAAGUGUUUUUGUGAGGUUUGGUUUUUCACAA